CCAGAAACCACCAUUAGUGACAGAAGAACAGCCAUCAUCAGUUCAAUCAGUGACACUUCUCAGGGCAAUGGUGCCCUCUAUUGGUUGACACCAGACAUUGCAGCCAAAGCUUUGAGACUUUGAAGAAAUGCCUGUUUAGCUUUUUCUUUGUUUGAAUCCUCUUUAUGCAAAUAAAUAGCUACUUUUGAAAUUGAGUUAGAUAUUUAUGUACUUUUAAAGCCUUUUGAAACAUAGAGGAUAUAAAAGUCCCUGUUUUUUCUUCUUAGUUUUAUGGUUUUGUUGAAUUGAUGCUUCAAAGAUUUUGAGAAAUACAUUUUAAUGUUUCUAAUUUUUCAACUGAAGUCUAAUCUAUCUUUUCUGUAAGACAAAYGUUUAUUUUAUUAUUGCAGAAGACAAAUGUAAUCCAAUAAAUCUGCUGUUUCAGUCACUGGUUUCUACAUUUAGGGCAGUGAAACAUGCUUUGAUGUGGUUUUGGGAUGAAAUCCAGGGAUUAAAUGAAAUAAAAAAAAAUGCAAACAUUCUUCUUAUCAAGUAUUGGCUUUUGUGCUGGUGAAUGUCAGAUAAGUUAUGAGCUGAGGUUCAAAAUGUUAAAAAAAAAAGAAGGAGCAGUAUAGGGAAAUAUAUUAUAUUGUAUAUUAUAUACAGUAUAUUGAAAUUUGACCUAAAACUCAAAAAUUCAUCAAAAGUUUGAGACCAUAUAUGGCUUUCAUGUCAUUUCAUGUUAAAUAUUCACACUUUACAAAAGUAAAAAUGCUUUCUGUCUACAAGUGAGGCAGGGUUGAGACGGUCAUUAUGAACUGCUUUGCAUUUACUGAUGUUGCAAAGCAAUAAAAAUGAAAGAAAAUACUUUCCUCCAGUCUAAACUAACCUGUAGUUUUUUUUUUUUUUUGUUUUUUUUGUGGUUUCAAGACUUAUUUGGAUUUUAUCAUGUUUUUUUAUAGCGCUAAAUGCUUCCUAAUUAAUAUAGCUAUUACGUUACUGAGUUUGUCUACAGACUUCGCUGGGGUUCCUUGGAGAUAUAAAAUAUAUUCUGCUGCUUUGAUUUUGAUCAUGCCUUAUGUAAAACAAAGUGACGGUAUAAUAAGCUUGUACUUUGACUUACACUUUUUUCACUUUGAUAUCAAAAGAUAUGACUAAACCUUUCAAUUCUUUCAACAAGCUGUAAAUUAGCAUUAAAAAUAAUAUGGUUCUGUGCUUUUCCAAGUCUGCUUAUCCAGAUGAAAUCAAACAAAUGUCUAAUUUACAAAUUGGGUAAAUUAACAUCCAGGUUGUGGAUCCUGCUGAUGCGUACAUUUUUAGAUUAAAUUGUUUCACAUUACUGAACUCAGCUAAAUCAAAGAGGUGCUAUCCAUCUGAAAAGCUGUUAGCCUACAGUAGCUCUGUAAACAUCUUAAUUUUUCUACAAGCUCAAUGAAAUAAGAAAUCCCCCCUGCCACAGCCAUGGAUGGUGUGUUGGAAGGAGCGGUGGUGUUGUCUGCGUGUAAACUGGUCUGCAGUUUUCUCGUCCUGCCGUCUCUGGCUGCGUCCCACAGUCCUGUCAGCUUCUGCUGCUGCUCCCUCUUGAUCUUCACAGACUUCCUGGUCACAGGUUUCCUGAGUUUUCUUUGCAUCUUGAAGUUCUGGCUGACUGAGCUGAACCCACCAGGUGACGUCAUUGCCCUGCGUUUCCUGCUCUUCCUCAGUCACACCUAUGGAGCAGUGCUGCUCCUCACCACGUUUCUGACCGCUACGGAGACCCUGAUCAGGUUGCUGUGGCCGCAUGCUCCAGCUGAUCCCAGGACGAUUUUCUGUAAUGGCGAGGAGGAAGAGGACGGCAGCGUCUCGGAUGAAGGCGAAAGCUUGCCACAGGUGGUGGGGUUCUUCUGCUGCCUGUCGGUGUGGAUCGCCGUGGCGUUCAGUGUCCGGUGGCACUGGCAGCUGGAGGAAGGGUGGACGGCGGCUUGUCUGGACAAAACCGACUCUCUCAUCAGAUGUCUUCCUAACCUCUUCAGUCCCAUGCACAGAGUCAUGGAUCCCUACUGGAGCCUGGCCUUCCUGGUUCUCCUCGGGCUGCUGAUGACCGUCAGCACGGGCCUGCAGAGGAGAAACCAGACCUCUGCAGAACCAAAGAGAACACAACCGUACGAGGAUGGAGCGGCGCCUGCAGCCUCCAAGCCGCUUCAUCCAGAAAUGUUUACCUCAAAGUGUGUUGAUGGAGACUUUCCCCUCAUCUCCCAUGACUGCUUGUCCGAAGAGAUGGGAAGACAGGAGUUCAAGAGGACUCAGAAACAUUUUCCCCUGGAUUCAGCCAGAGUGCAGAGCUUAGAUUCGAAUCAAACCCGCCUGAGCAGACGGAAUCGGUGGGGUUUUCCAAACCUGGAGGAGAAUACAGUAAUAGCGCUUGUUAGCGUGCUCUGCAUGUUCACUCUUCCCUUCUACCUCAGCGUGAACACUUUUCUAAUCAGGACUAUAGACUCUGUGCUGAAUGGAUGCAUCAAGUUUUUACUUUCGUCUGUGGCCAACAGCAGUGACACGUCGGCCUCUCUCAGAGUCUCACAGGUUUAAGAAACAAAGCCAGACUUCAGCCGAUGAGCGUUUGCAGCAGAACCAUGAAGAGUGGUCCCAGUGUGCAGACGGCUGUUCUACCUGUUGACGCUGCUCUGACAGGAGAGUAAGCACACCUUCCCAGGCAGCUUUUCACAUGUUGGGGAUAGUAUUUGUAGAGUGCAGAGAGGUGCUGAGGAGGCAGGUCGAGGCGUGCUUGCAGAGAGACACCAAGCACUUUUUAAACUCCUCGGGGCAUCGGCUUCCUCAGACGUUUGUCUUUGCACAAAGCCACAGUUUAAGUGAGAUGGAUCCAGGGGCAAACAGCAUCUUUCAAUGUGUAACAUAAAGUCUGCUGAUGCUGCCUGACAUGAAGAUAUGUGUAAUGAAAACCAAGGGACUCCAGGGCAAACAGAUGGAGUUUUUUCUGCUAUUAUGGAGUCAUCCAGACCGUCUCUGUGCCUUGAAAAUCAUCCAUGUUUGUUUUUUACAUUUUUGCCUUAGUGAUGUUUGAGUGGGGUGUUAAGGGAGAGAMCAGCACUAAGUUGUGUAUGAAGUGAAAUAAAAAAGGAGAAGUUUUCACCAAGAAAAAUCUGAGAAGUGUGGCCAAAUUAACCCAAUCACACACAUUCAUACACCAAUAAGCUGAUCAAUAAGUAAUGUGGGGUUAAAACUAAACUUGUCAUUCUAAAGAAAGAAGCAUCAUUCAGUUCCUGUUUCAGAUUCUUCUGAAACUUGUAACUUUAAUAUUCUGUUCAUCUGCUGGAGGUGGUGAAGAGGCUGUUUUGCAUAAACAAAAUGUUUUUUUUUAUUCAAUUUGCAUUUCCUGCAGACAUGACCACUCUGCAACAAGAACAACCAGGUGCAAAGUUAGAAGAAUAUCAUGUAGUUAGAAGACAUAUGAUGGCUGAACAUGUCUUUAUAUGCAAUGACUUGCCACAGGCUUUUGUAAGAUUUAAGUCUAAGCAAAGUUGGUACUUAUUUCAGCCAUAGAGGAAUUAAAAUCCUCUACUGACACUCAAAGCAAGAUAAAUGGCACUUGUAUCUCACUGACAUGAAGUUAAAGUAAACAUUCCCUAUUWUAGAUCAGUUGCAACUUUUCAAAUACAUAGGUUUACUCACACUAAUAUUUUUACCUUUAGGAAAUUUGUGAAAUCUUGAAUGAUGAUGCAAUAGCUCCUGAUAGGCUGAUUCACAAUAUCUGAGUUUUUAUGGACGUGUGCUCCUGGUUGUAUUUUAAAGCAACAACCUUAAACACAAAGGCCUCUUGUGUGACCUCACGAAAAAUCAGAUGAAUUCAGGGACGAUGUCAGAAAGAAAGGUGACACGUUCAUCUGUUCAAACAGCUAUGAACACUGAAAGACGCCAUGGAGACGUGAUUUGGGGCGAAAUGUGAAAAAUCAAGAACAAAACGAAAAUGUCGCGUAAAGAUUCUGGCUGAAGCUGGUGAGAAAAGCUACGUUUACAUUUCCCAUAAUUUGACAUUUUGAAAUUAAAAUUGCUUCAUAGAAACACACCGAUUUCUAAAAAAUUGGUUUUUCGAUAAAAUGUUUUGCUGCUAGGAUGAAGUGUUUGAAAUUAGUGUAUUUUGCAAAACUGCAAUGGAGACACAAGUCACAUGAUCAACAACCGGAACGUUAAGUACGUUGCUCAAUAAUAAUUAUAUGACUUUUUAGACA